AUGGCAUCAAGUGGCGAGGACAACAUCAUAAUCGAAGAGGAAAGCAUUGAAGAGGAGACACUGGAACAGAAGCAUAGGAGAUUAUUGAAUAAGGAAAGACGGAGAUGGAGGGAGAAAAAUGAGAAAGGCAGAGAGGGAAAUGAUAGAGUUGAUGGUGAAAAUGAAAGAGGUAAAGAAGAUAAUAAUGGUGAAACACGAAAUGAAACAUGUGAUGAGGAAGACAUUAUUGAGGAUAUAGUAGGUUUGAAUGAUUUUGAUGAGAAUGAAUUAGAACUUCACGACUUAGAUCUUGAGUUAAAUAGCAACAUAGAUGAUGGUAGGUUAGAAGAAAAUAAUGAUAAUGACAUAAUUGUUGUGGAGAAUAAGGUGGCUGCUAAUGAAAAUGGUAGGGACAAAGGGAAAGGGAAAGUGGCAAUGGAUUUUGGUGAGGAAGAUGAUAGGGACAAAGAGAGAUCAAAGGAAGAUGAUAGUGAUGAUUGGGAAAAAGACAGCUCAGAGGAAGAUGAUGGUGAUGACAGAGACAAAGAGAUGUCAGAGGAAGAUAAUAGUGAUGAGAGGGAUAAAGAGAUGUCAGAGGAAGAUGAUAGUGAUGAUGCAAGCUAUGAGGCGUUAAGUGCAAGUGAAGAUAUAGAGAAGACUGUGUUUGAAGACUUCGAAGUGGAUGAGGUUUGUAUGGAGAAUGGGAGUGACCGUGAUGAGGAUGAAUUGGGCUUAGAAAGUGAUAAUGGGCCUCCUCUACAGUUCACAACCCUUGAUAAGCUGAGGGCUCAGCUAGUAGGCCCUUCUUUAUGUUGGGCAUGA